AUGGCGAGCCUUGGGCCACGUCUACAAUGGCGUCAGAAGGUGCGCAUACACUUCAAGGCAAUUUGCCAGGCACUCCCUCUAUCGCUUCUCAUUGUGGCGGAGGGAAGGGACCUUUACUACCGUGCCACGUGGCAGGUGACAGAGCUUCCACCGAGCGAAUUCAGCACGGGGGAUGUUGUCGCCAUCUGCAACCGUUGGUACACACUACCGACGUGGAGUCACAUGUUNUACAGCGUGCUAUCGAAGGUCCUGCUGAAGUCCACAUGGGACGAUGUGGGCGUAAUGUGGAUGAAGGAUGGGGAGCCACACAUCUGCUUCUGUGACUUUGAAGGAGCUAAGGUGUUGAGCCUGCAGGAGUUCAUAGAGACACGCAUGCCGCGCGGUAUGGCGGUGCGGAAACUUGCCGUAGACGACCCGAAUGUGGGGCGUAAACCAAGCCCCUCUGUCGUUUCCCUCUUCGCAGUGGAAGUGCAGAAGAUAGCACCACAACCAUGGUACCUGUUUUCGGCCAGCAUGCGGCGGGGGCACGAGCAUAAGUACUAUGAGUUUGCUGUGGAGAUGAGUAAACAGAGGCAGAAGAUACAUGAAAUGUCGCGAAAACACGCGUCACCUCUAGCCAUCAAGGGGCAAAAAGAGAAACUGGGCGAUAUGGAGGUAAUGCGACAGCACCUAGCGACCUUUGUGGAGGAGGGAGAAUCGUUUCACCUCUUCAACGGUUCGUUGGUCGCCUCUUUCUUGGCGACCUUUGAUCUGCUCGACAGGAAUAUGCCGCCGCCGUCCCGCUACGUGCCGCAGGACUUUGCGCAUGACCUGCCGUUCAAGUGUGUGGCGAAUUUGGAGGAGCCGCUAGUGUUCUUCAAGAAUUGA